UUGUUCUCCCUGCGCUUACCUCUGUUGUGCGUAGCGAUGGCCCAUUAAUAUUGACCCAUUCUGCUUGCCAACAGACUUUUUACGGCGGGGAAUCAUGGCACACACUGUCGGAAGCAGGAAAUCAGAAGCCAACAUUAUUUUCCAAGAUCACCUUAGGACAGAGGCACAUCUCGGCAGACCUCGUCAAUGUCAAAAAUGUUACGAAUUGUGGCCAUGGGUAACUUUCAGGCCCGAGAAAAGCGGCGCGCACCCCCUGUUUUGCCUCCGAUGCUCAAGGCCAGAUCUAUAUCUCGAGCACUGGCAGGCGGCGCAUGAUGAAAUGAGAACGCUUAUCGAUGCGGCCGCGAAGAUUCAGAAAGUAUAUAGGGGUCCUAACGAGGCUGUGAGGACAAUUUCCGCACCUCCAUUUCUUCUACCUCCCCAAAUGUCUCAAUCUUCCUCUCAAACUAUGCCGGGUGCUGUGGCCCAACGAGAAACUAUGAUGCGCCCACCUGCGUUCGCCCAAGAUCGUAUGAACGUCUCAUCCGUCUUGAACUUGACGAAUGUGUCAGGAGUACCGCCCGCUUUAGGCAAUGCCCCGUUAGUACCGGCUGCUUAUCGUCCGCAACCCGCUGUCCAGAAUGCUUCCAUUUCGGCUGAGACAUCGUCCCGCCCUCUGAGGAUAGAUACUCCACCGCAAUAUCCUGUAGAAAGACAGCGACAAACACUGAACAACCCGGCCUAUGCAAGCCUGCAGUUUUCAAGGAUGCCGGUGAACUCUGGAGCGUCUCCAAGAGCUGCUGGCCAGCCUUUCCUUCCUACACGUCCUGCGAAUACUGGCGCUAUCAACAAUACAGACUCGUCGCAUCUCCCUUCUCACGUGUCUAGAUGGCCUGCCAAUAUUUCUCUCCCUGGGUGCUCCCCCUAUCAGCUUCCCUUGACGAGUUUCAAAAUCAUAAAGCUCUCUGAUUUGGCUCUUCGCGGUUUGACGGGGAAACCUGAAGAGCUGAGAGCGCUGAAGGAGCCAUACCGAUCAAUAUUUUGGCUACAGCUGAUCUGCACACCUUCUCCUUCUUCAGUUCUGCUGUUCAGCCAAAUCAUGCACAGCUACCUCUCUUUCGUUUUUUAUAACAAAGCAGCUGCUGCGCCAGCUCAUCCUCCCUUGCUGCCGGCAGAUUUCAUCAAUGUUAUGAGGAAUUUGUGGCCCGAGAUCAGAUAUGCGGGUGGUGAGAGAGGUACAGAGGUAGCUUGUAUUGGCUUGGUAAUGAAGAUGGACAAAGGGACGAGGCAGGCUACCUCUGGAAUGGAUGCAGAGGUGGAGAAUACUAGAUCACCAGUAGCUGGACCGUCCACAUCAACGCAGGGAGAUAAUGUUGGAACGAGGCCAAUUGCGAUGUCCGGUGCAGCUGUUUCAACAACGACGCCUCAACCUGUGGAACCAACAACCACGACUCUGCGGCAGCAGUCAGGAACGUCCUCAAAAGAUGUCGGGGUCCUUCCUUCACAGGGGUACGUCCCUCUCGGUGACCAGCCCCAGAAGACGAGCGAAGGAGCGGCAGGAGAGCCGGUAGUGUCAUCCUCUGGCGUCGGCCAGGGGGACUGGAGGGACAGGACCGUUUGAAGGAGAGACGCCGGUGUGGGGUCCAGAUACUGUCCACUGAGCACGUGGUAUUACGUAAUACAUGUAUAGAAUAAAUAAAGGCGUGUGCCGGUUAGGCGCGGCGGCUUCCCGC